AUGCUAUCGAGCACCGAUAUCAGCUACCUGCGUCGCUGUGUGGAGCUCGCCCGCGAAGCGCUCGACGCAGGCGACGCUCCAUUCGGCUCCGUGCUCGUAGAUGCAAAAGGCAAAGUCCUCCGCGAGGACCGCAACCGGGACACGACCGAAGGGGAUGUCACCCUGCACCCGGAAUUUACCCUGGCUGUCUGGGCGCAGAAGCACAUGGCGCCCGCUGACCGCGCUGCCGCGACAGUCUACACGUCGGGUGAGCACUGUCCCAUGUGCUCGACUACUCACGCGUACGCGGGGCUGGGACGGAUCGUGUAUGCGAGUUCGUCUGCGCAGCUUGUGCAGUGGCAGACGGAGUUGGGGGUAAAAGCUGGCCCUGUCAACCCGCUGUCGAUCAAUCAAGUUGUGCCGGGGUUGGCGGUUGAUGGGCCUGCCGAGGGUCUGGAUCGGGAGGUUUUUGAGCUGCAUCAGUUGAAGCAGGCGAGAGUGGCUGCAUACUACACCCAUGUUAACUACAGCGCAUGGCGAUUCUACCGACCUACACAACCUGAAACACCUCAAUUUCGCAGCCUCCUCUAUGUCAACCGGAGGAUCUCCACAUCAUCACACCAUCAAAUCCAGUGUGGUCACCCAGAUGUGGUAGCCAUCAAGAUUUGGACUCCAGAACUUCAAUAUCUAGUGUUCUCGAUUUACAUCCAACCAAUCGCGACACACGACGCAUUUGAAACGAGCAGUAAUCACGAAAUCCUGACAGAAAUUCAGCGAACUAUCCAAGAACAAAUGGAGCAAGGCAAUCGCACAACAAAACUUAUUUUGGCCGGACCAUCGGGGCACAUACUCGAGAUAGAGUCUCCAACCAGAGCAGACCAGAAACCUCAAACCGAGAAGGGCGUAUGGCCGAGCAGACUGGACCGAACUUUCCUUGCGCAUGUUCGAGAAAAUGCCGAUUACAUCCCCGCAGUGUGCAUUGAGGAAGAUCAAACCAGGGGCAUUUUAAACGUGAUCUUUGCGGUUAAUAAGGCUCGAGUUUCUGAUGGGAACGAUGUAUUGCUUCAUGCUCAGCAAGUUUUUGAUGAGAUCUUUACACUCCUCGCACAAGUGUCUACCGGUGACACCCUUCGUGUCAAAAACCAGAUCUUCUAUGUUGCAGUCUCGAUGUGUUCAUCUCGCAUACUUUCCCGACUGCGACUGGCGCCUUCCGGACGGUAA